GGGAUGUCAAAAAUGUCAAAUUUAAAAUAAAUAAUAUUAUCUAUUAUUCUAAUUUUUGUGCAUGUCAAAAUUAAUUUUUCUAAAUUUAAGUUUUCAUACCAAACAAUAAUUUUAAACGAAUGGCAGCUUACGCUCAAUCAGUCACUUCAAAAUUACAGUCUUUUGAUAUCUGUAAUAUUCCAUUUUUAAAGGAAAGUAAGUUUAAACUCUACUCUAAUUCUUGUGACAAUAAAAAAAGUCUUGUUCCUGGCGAACCUGAUGGCCCAUGUAUCAAAACCGAACUUCCCGGUCCUAAAUCUAUAGAAGGUAUUAAACAUUUAAGUAAUUUACAGAUGGUUCAAUCGGUACAAUAUUUAGCAGACUAUCAAAAAUCUAUAGGAAAUUAUUUAGUUGAUGCUGAUGGUAAUGUUCUGUUGGAUACGUAUAUGAAUAUUGCAACUAUAGCGCUGGGUUAUAAUCAUCCAGCUGUUUUGGAUGUUUUUAAAGAUCCAUGCAAUUUAAAAUAUAUGGUAAAUAGGUCAGCUCUUGGAGUUUUUCCUGGCACCGACUGGCCAUGUCGAAUGGAAAAUAUUCUAAAAUCAAUAUCACCUAAAUUGCCCAAAAUACAAAUGAUGAUGUGUGGGUCUUGUUCCAAUGAAAACGCCGUUAAGCAAGCUUUUAUAGCUUACAGAAUGAGAGAAAGAGGAAACUAUGACUUUAGUGAAGAAGAGAAACAAUCUUCGAUUUUAAACCAACCACCAGGAUGCCCUAUUUUGUCUAUUUUAUCUUUUAGGGGUGCAUUUCAUGGAAGAUCCCUCGGAAUGUUAUCUACAACACAUUCAAAACCAAUACAAAAAUUGGAUUUUCCAAGCUUUGCUUACUGGCCAACGGCUUCUUUUCCAGUUUAUAAAUAUCCCUUGGAAGAAAAUUCCAGAGAAAAUAAGGAAAUUGACUGUCGCUGUCUUGAAGAGGUCGAAGAUAUAUUUCACAUACAAAAAAAGUGUGCUCCAAUUGCAGGUGUUAUAGUUGAACCUAUUCAAUCAGAAGGUGGUGAUAAUCAUGCAUCAGCUGAGUUUUUUAAACAUCUUCAACAAUUAUGUAAAAACAAUUUUGCUUAUUUAAUAGUGGAUGAAGUUCAAACGGGUUGUUGUAGCACUGGAAAGUUUUGGUGCCAUGAAUAUUUUGACUUACCAUGUCCUCCAGACUUUGUCACUUUUAGUAAAAAAAUGCAAGCAGCAGGUUACUUUUAUAGCGAUGCUGUAAAAGUUAAACAUGGUGGUAGAAUAUUUAAUACCUGGAUGGGUGAUCCUGGCAAAGCUAUGAUCUUGGAAGCCAUCAUCAAUACCAUCAAAUGCCAAAAUUUGUUAGAUCAAGUAAAUAGGUCUGGCCAAAAAUUAUUGUGUGGCCUUAAAGACUUGGAAAAGGAGUUUACGCCUCUGAUUGAUUCCGUGAGGGGAAGAGGUACUUUUAUUGCCUAUAAUGUUAAAGAUGAAAAGACAAGGGACACCGUGAUAAUUAAAUUAAAGAAAGGUGGUGUUCAGGCUGGUGGUUGUGGCACUAGAUCAAUUCGUUUAAGGCCAGCUCUGGUGUUUCAGGAGCAUCACGUUGAUAUUUAUUUAGAUAUAUUGAGGAAGGUAUUAAAAGAAAUCAACGGUGGUGCGAAACGUUGUUAAAUUUACUGGUUUGUUAAAAAUAUAUAUUUGGAAUAUUAAAUAUCUGGUUGUG